ACUACAGGGCGUGAUUGUUAUGUAUUAACACAUGCUCCAGUCGUUUUAAUUAAAUUUUAUUGACAUCGCAAUAUUUGAUUAAAAUAUUUCUAGAUUAGCAAUAGUUUUGUUUAUGUUCUUGCAACUACAUAUUGAUCAGGCGUCGUCGUAAGACGAAAAUGAGACUGUGUAUCAUUGGCCUUAUUCUUGUGUUAUCUACUCUCAAGUUAACCUCAAGCUCACCUCCGCAAGAUGUGCUAAUAAAAGUAGAACAAUUAAAACAGCAAAUAAAAGAGAAACUGGCAAAAUUACACGACUACCGACACCCGCCACCAACCCGGAACGAAGACAAAAUUACCCCCAUACUCAAGCAACCACCGAAAAAGCUCAAAAUCAAAGCUAUAAAACGAUAUAGAAAAAAAGCUAUGGAAAAGUAUCAAGAUCACAUGCGCAAAAUCAAGCAACAACAAGCAGCUUUUGACAGCAAAGAGCCGAACACUACACCUGGCGUGAACAAUCUUGACACUUUAAAAUAUAGAGAAUUUAAUAUAACAUCGACCAUAGACAAUGUUAAUGACAAAAUAUUUCCUAUUAUUGCAAACACAACCAAUGAAUUGAAUGUUCGUAAAAUAGGAGGGCGUAGGUCUAUAAUGCACAACUAUUAUAGGCAUUUAAAUGAAUUUAAGUGCAAGGAGAAUAAAUGGGUGUUGUGUCAUGGACAAAUUACGCCGUUUCUGAUUGGACAAAAGAAUGACACUGCUGAACAUACGUAUAAAACGGACCAGGAUAAUUAUGUUUUUAAAAGGAUUAUGUUACUACUGACGCUGUCCGUAGAAGCUGAGACAAAAGACGAGCGAGCCGCCGUUCUGAUCCAGAUCAGCAAGGUCAAUCUGAAGCUGUUCCUGUGGGACUUCAAGUCUAUAUCGUUAUUGCUGUCGAAGCUGAUUACAAAGAACGGCAAGCACACAUGGAAAAACCUGAAGACAGCUGUAAAGUAUUUAUUCAAGAAGUGGGAUAUGAACCUCAACGACACUUCGACUCUGAUGAAAAAUACCAAAAUAUACAGACCUCCCUGUGUGAUAGAAGGAUUUCAAGGUUCAACCAGGGUCCCUACUACUAUAAACGACCUUAGCUACGAAACGACCACCGAGGAUGCUAGAACCGAAGAAGACACAGCCUGUCUGAAAGACGUAGAGAGUUUCGAAAAAGGUAAAAAGAGGUACCCUAAAGAGGAACACUGUGAUAAGAACAAGAGGAAAGAAGAAUUGCUACGAGCUCAGGAGUACCUGGAUGAAGAUGACAGUGAGGAGGGAAUAUCUCUGGAUAUAGAGUAACCUCUAAAGUCUGUUUUUUUAUGGCAGAUAGGGUAGAUAAUAAGAUAAGAUAAGAUACAUUUAUUAAAUUUUCCCAAAAAUCAUACAAAUUA